UUUCAAUCAAAUAACCUUGACGGGACUUCAACUAAGACGCUACACCGGCGUGCCGAAGAAUAAUGAAACCAGAAGGAGGCGGAGGUUUUCGUGGUGGACGUGGUAGGGGUGGACAAAGACAUAGUUUUGGUGGUGAGAAAAAGAUUGAUGGUGGUGGUGGUAGAGGGGGACGGUCCAGUGAAAGAGGAGGAUUCCGCGGUGGUCGAGGUGGUGACUUCGGGGGCCGCGGUGGAGGGAGAGGCCGUGGAGGGUUCGGUCGAGGUACGCCACGAGGUAGAGGUGGCCGUGGGGGAGGAAUGAGAGGUGGGAGGAAAGUAAUUGUAGAGCCCCAUAGACACGAGGGUAUUUUUGUUGCAAAAGGCAAAGAAGAUUGUCUUGUGACAAGAAAUGUGGUCGUUGGUGAAUCAGUUUACGGUGAGAAGCGUAUUGGUGUUGAAGAUGAUGCUGGAGGAAAGAUUGAAUACAGAGUUUGGAAUCCAUUCAGAUCUAAGCUGGCUGCCGGCAUAGUCAAUGGGCUGGAUCAGAUUCACAUAAAACCAGGCUCUCGUGUGUUGUACUUGGGCGCGGCUAGUGGGACCACUGUUUCGCAUGUUUCAGACGUAGUUGGCGAAGAAGGAGUCGUAUAUGCUGUUGAGUUUUCACAUCGUUCGGGGCGUGACCUUUUAAAUGUUGCAAAGCAUCGUACUAAUGUAGUUCCCAUCAUUGAAGAUGCCAGACACCCGCACAAAUAUCGAAUGUUGGUUGGUAAGUUGAUUUAAGUCAAGAAGUUAAUAUUCUCAAGGUAUGGUGGAUUGUAUAUUUGCCGAUGUUGCUCAGCCUGACCAGUCGAGGAUAGUUGGUGUUAACGCAGAGUAUUAUUUAAAGAAUGGUGGUCAUGCCGUUAUAUCUAUUAAAGCAUCAUGCAUUGAUUCGGUUGCUGCCCCUGAAGUCGUGUUCGCGAAAGAGGUAGAUACACUCAGGAAGCUACAGUUCACCCCUCGAGAACAAGUUACACUAGAACCGUUUGAGCGCGGUCACGCAAUGGUGACAGCUCAGUAUAGAGCGCCAAAGAAAGUGAAAACGGAACAAUCAUAAAUGUAUUUGCAUCGUAUGUACAUAAAUAAAAGUUUUCAUUCGUAUGCCCGUGUAAUUUAGAAGUAUUUAGCCUUGGCUUUGGUCUCUUCAUGAUCAGCUUCUAUUGGGAAAUGUUUGUCGUAGCUUUUAAGAAUGCCUACCAGCAGCGAAACAUUGUUGCAGUGUUUCAUUGUUAUGCAGACCUUAUCCUAUUUGACAAUCCAAUGCCGUUGUACUUUCUGUAUAAGGAUUGCGGUUCACCACUUGUUGGAGUGCUUUGUGUUUUUACCAACUUAGGUUACAGUACAUUUACACUAAAUGAUGCUGUUUUUUAAUCAUGAUACUUGGAAAACAAGUUCGACCAGUGACUGUCUGUGACUGAAAUGUUGACGCAAUUAGUUAAAUAGUGAAUUUGGAUUAGGAAGUCUGUAGGAUAAUUUGUUUUGAUGUCAUGACGAACUUCAGCGAGUGUAUUUUUAUCCUGACCAGCAUUUGUUCACUUUCGACUGAGAGUUUUUACAAAUUUCCUGCCUGUAAGCACAUUACAAGCGUAUACCUGAGACUAAUCAAACUUAUGUUAAUUAAGGGUUUUGAUUAAUCACAAUAGUGUGAGAGACUUUUUAGCUCAAUGAAACUUUGUUAGUUACUUUAAUAUAUCAGCACGUUUCGUGGACGCGUACAACAAGUAUGUAUGCUAUACGGAAAUAGCACGCUAUCCUGACGUAGGUCUAAUGAAUGUUAUGGUAGUCCACUGUAUAUUUCUUGUGUCCCGGGAUACUGCUGUGGAAAUGAGUUGACAUUGGUUGUCUGAAGAACUUUUGAGUUAGAGCGACAUAGUUUGUUUGAGUGAGUGUUUGACCAUACCGAUUCUACAGUAUCAUAAAGUAUUUAUACAUACUAAUUGUUUAACAUUGUCCAUAAUAACUUCCAUAACACUGAUUAGUAAGUAAAACAAUUCCUCCAGGUUCUGGAGUAAUGUACGCAUCAGUUUAAGAAUAAUUGUUAGUGACAACAAUCUUUGGCAAAAUAAAAAAUACUCAUGAGCAGACUCCUACUGGAAUGCCGUUCGAAGCGUUACAUGUUUGAUCACAUGCAUAAAUACGGUACUGAAUUGGACUUUAGGUAUGACUAACUGACAGGCAUGCGUUGCACAUGCCUUAGUAAACUUAAUCGAUACAGCUACACAACUUCAUCGAUUA